AUGCCCGGCCUCACCUCCCCGUUAGUGGCGCCGGCGUUCCCGGGCCAUCUCCCUCCGCCGACACCACGCUCACUCUCAGCCCGGGCAGCGGCGCCAACUACACGGCGGCAGCGGCGAACCGGGGGGAGGGGGCAAGAAGACGCGUCCGGCUCAGCCCCGCGGAGAGCUACCGCCUCCUCCGCCUUCUCCUCCUCCUGCUCCGCCGCCUCCUCCCCUCCUCCCCCCGUCGCCGCCGCUGCCUGGUCCUUCUCCUCCGCCUCCUGCCGCCGCCGCCGCCGCCGCCGCUGGUGCCGCCGCUGCCGCUCCACCAACUACAUCCGGGCAACUCGGACGCCGCGGCCUUCGGAAAACCUCGGCAGUUUCCGCCGCGCCCCUCCUCUCCCACCCUCUGCCUGCCUCCCCGCCCCGCGCGGCUCCGGAACGCCGCCUUCGGCAAACCUCGGCCCGCCCCGGCCUUCCUCUUCCUCUGAGGCCUGGCUCGCCUCCUCGCUACCCGGCAGGUCUUUCCGGUUGCCGCUUCUUUUCCUCACACGCAAAUCUGGCCGCUGCCGUUCCAGUUUAGGGAUAGUCCCGCUCGGGGACCCGCUCGAGGCUGUUCCCCGGGGCUCCGGGAUGCGCGGGGAGGGAGCCGCCUUCGGGAGGAGGACGGUGGGGCGCGAGAGAAGCCAUCGCGGACUAAAUAAAGGAGUCUGCGGCUGCUGCGCGUGCGCCCAGAGGCGCGGGGGUGGGCGGGUGCCCUUGAGUGAGCUCUUCGGCCGCCGGCCCCCGCCCCUUCGGGCUCCGGCGGGGUGGUCGGACCCCCCCCCCCCUCCCCGGUUAACCGGCGGGCGGACGGUUACCAAGGAGCUUCCUCGGUUGGCAACGACAGCAGCCGCCCUCGGGGAGGUGGGGAGUGUGCCGCUGCUCCCUUUGGCCGGCUCCCGGGAGCCGGAACCCGGGCCUGGGCACCUGCCUCAGACCGGAAGCCGGGCGCGCGGCCGGCCUUCGGUGGGCAGGGGCUGCGCGGAGCUCGCCCGUCGACGCGCUAGAAGAACAGAUCAGUGUUCACAGUGGCUUCAUAGAACUACCUCACAAAAUAAGAAUCAGUUAUUUACCAAAAGAUUCAUCCUCUUCUACUCCACUACCAAAUGUUGAAGUUCUCCGUGAAUCAGUCUCUUGUGGGUUAUGUCAACAAAAAUGUCCAUUAUGGAACUCCAGGGACCUGUCCCUCCACAUAAACAGCAAAUAAUUUGGCAAUAAUUGUCAAAAGCAAGUUUAUGUGAACUGGAAAUUAGUAAAAGGUUACAGUAACCAGGCAAACAUUUAAUCAAGAACAAGGUGGUAGAAUCCCAUUAGGAGAGCUUUGUGUUAUUUAAACUAACCCUAGCCCCAUUUCUUCAUCCCCAGUUCAGUGGCAGUUUUGAAGACAACAGCCUGCAUUUCUGGUGUAGGUGUCUGGUGCCAGAGGUAGCAAAAUGGACCUUGUUAUUGGAGAAUUGUAGUAGUUUAUUUUGACCUGUCUGGUGGCUCCCUGAAGGACUGGGGCAAGGGCUUGCCCUUAUUUUGCCUGAUGUGGAACUCUCCUGAGUCAAAGGUGACUACCGAGGGGAUGUUUGUCAAGAACAUUUAAAGGCAAGUUUAUUAGCUCCUGCUAGUUGGGGAAAGGAGUAACAGUUGAGGCAAACAAUAGACACAACAGAAGGCCUGGGAGGAAAGGCUGAAGAGUGAAAUACUUUGGAGAAUAAAAUCUUUGAAAAGCUCCUACAUAUUCCUUGGAAUCUAAAAGACUACCUGGGGCAAAUGGUCAGAAAAAACCCUGCAAAUUUCCUAAAGUCUCACCUCUGGCUAAUGUUCAGGAUCUGCUCAGAUUUGCUUAAUGAAAUCUAAGAUAGAUUUAUAAAUUGCCCAUUUGGGUGAUAAAGACAUGCUCCAACACACACAAAGAGCCCUCUGAUAAAGCCUGGAAAUUGUUUUCUUCAUUUUUUGACUCUAGGCACUUAAGGAAAUCUGUUGAAUCACUAGCUGACCACUAAGCCAACAGAACAGAAAUUUCAGUGGUCACAAAUAAGGAAUACAGACUUCAUAAAGUUAGUUCAGAAAAGUCAUUAAACAAACAAAAGCAACCACAGUAAACAGCGAAAACAUUCCAGGGAGGAAGAAGAAUCUGAUUUCCAGACUUGCCACAUUGUAAUAAUCAAAGUGUCCAGUUUUCAACACAAAAUAACCAGGCAGGGGAAAAAAAAAAAAAAAAGGAAAGAAAAGAAAGAAAAAAAGUGUGACCAAUAUACAGGAAAAAAAAACAAACAAAAAAAAACAAAGAAGAAGCUAAUAGAAACUGUCCCCAAGGAAGCACAGACACUGGACUUACUAGACAAAGACCUUCCACCAACUCUUUUAAAUAUGCUGGAAUAGCUAAAGGAAACCAUGAACAAAGAACUAAACGAAAUCAGGACAGCAAUGUCUCACCAAAUAGAGAAUAUUGAUAAAGAGGUUGAAGUCUCACCAAAUAGAGAAUAUUGAUAAAGAGGUUGAAAUUACAGAAAGGAACUAAAUAGAACUUCUGGAGUUGAAAAAUAUAAUAAACUAAAAAUUCACUAGAGGAAUUCAACAAUAUGUGUGAGCUAUCAGUUAAGGAACUCAGCAGACUUCAAGAUAGGUCAGCUAAGACUACUUAACGUGAGGAGCAGAAAAGAAAAAGAAAGAAGAAAAAUGAAUAUAGGAGACCUGUGGCACAGUAUCAGGCAUACCAAUAUAUGCAUAACGGGCAUCUCAGAAGGAGAGGAGAGAGAGAAAGGGAAGAAAUAAUAGCCAAAAACUUCACAGAUUUGAAGAAAGACAUGAACUUAAAUAUCCAAGAAGCUCAAUGAAUUCCAAGUAGGAUAAACUCAGAGACUCACACCAAGACACAUUGUAAUCAAACUGUCACAAGCCAGUGACAAAGAGAGAAUCCUGAAAGCAACAAGAGAGAAGCAAGUCCUCACAUACAAGGGAUCCUCAAUAAAAUUAACAGUUGAUUUCUCAACAGAAACUAUGGAAACCAGGGGGCAGUGGAAUGACAUCCAAAGUGCUGAAAGAAAAAAAACAACUGUCAGUCAAGAAUUCUAUAUCCAGCAAAACUAUCCUUCAAAAAUGAAGGAGAAGUUAAGACAGUCUCGGAAAAGCAAACACUGAGAGAAUUUGUCGUUAGUAGACCUUCCCUACAAGAAAUAUUAAAGGGAGUUUUUCAACCUGAAAUGAAAGGACACUAGGCAAUAACUUGAAUCCACACGAGUAAGCACUGUUAAAGGUGACUGUAUAGGUAAUGUAAAAGUCAGAGUUAAUGUAUUUUUGAUUUGCAGCUUUUUUUCUGUAUGACUUAAAAUCAACAACAACAAAAACCAGUAAUUAUAAAUCUAUAUGAUUGGGCACAUGGUGUAUAAAGAUGUAAUUGGCAAUAACAUAGGAUGAAACCUAAGAGCAAAGAUUUUUUUAUACCCUUGAAGCUAAGUUGACUUUUAUUUGAACAAUAUUGUUAUUAGUUGCUAAUUCUAGUCCCCAGGGCAACCAUUAAGACUAAAAAUUAUGUAGUAAAAUAAAUGACGAGAGAAGUAAAAGAUACACUAGAAAAUAGCUAGCACAAAAGAAGUCAGUAGUGGAGGCACUGAGCAACAUAAAAGAUAUACAACAUAUGAGAAAGCAAAUGGCAAAGUAAGUCUUUAUCACUAAUCACAUUGAAUUUAAAUGCAUUAAACCCCAAUUAACAGGCAGAAUGGAUUUUUUUUUUAGAAUGGAUGUUUUUAAUGUUCUAAUUAUAUCCUCUCUACAAGGGACUCACUCUAGAACCAAAGAACCAAUGAGUUGAAAGGAUGGAAGGAGAUAUUCCAAGAUACCUCAGAUGCAUGCAGAACAGUCUCCAGUAUAGAAUAUAGGUUAGUCCAUAAAAUAAGUCUCAAUACAUUUAAAAAGAUUGAAAUCAUAUCAAUUAUCUUCUUUUACCACAAUGGUAUGAAACUACAACAGAAAUUUUAAAAUAAGAGAAAUGAAAAAGAAAACAGUGCACACUAAAACAUGGAUGCGGAAAAACCAGAGCUAAGAAGGAAAUUUAUAGUUGUAAAUGCCUAAAUUUAAAGAGAAGAUCUAGAAUCCGUAACCUAACCUUCCACCUUAAGGAAUUGGAAAAAGGAAAAUAAAUGAAAUCCAAAGCAAGCAGAAGGAAAGAAAUAAUAAAUAUUAGAACAGACAUAAAUGAAAUAAACAAUAGAAAACAGAAGAAUCAAUCAAACCAAAAGUUGGUUCUUUAAAAAGAUCAAUAAAAUUAACAAACUUUUAAAUAGAAUAAACCAGAAAAAAAGAAGAUUCAAAUUACUACAAUUAGAAAUAACGUGGGACAUUACUACUAAUACUACUACCACUACCAACCUUGAAAUAAAUGGAAUUGUUUAACAAUUAUAUGCCAACAAAUUAGAUGAUCUAAAUGGAACAAAUUCCUGAAAACAAACUACCAGAACUGACUCAAUUAGAAAUAGAAUGGACCUAUAAUACCACAAGUAACAAGACUGAAUCAGUAAUCAAAAAGACUUUCAACAAGAAAAGCCAAGAACCAUAUGGCUUCCUUGGUGGCUUCUAUCAAACAUUUAAAAAAACACCUUCUCAAAGUCUUCUUUGAAGACUCAAAGUCUUACCAAAAAAAAAAAAAAAAAAAAAAAAAAGCAGAUGAAGAGGAGACA